CGGGGCCUGUGCCUUCCACCCCUGGAGCCCUCAUCCCCUUGAAACUGGGCUCCCCGGGAGAACUCUCCCUUCCCUAUAGGAGGGGGCAGACUCUAGGAGGGAAGGCAGAUUAAGGCCUAGGGGGCCACGUGACCCUCCCCCAGGAAUGCGAUGAUGUCACCGGGGGCGUGGCUGUCCCCAAAAUUGGGGAGGAAGGGGAAAAAAGCUAGAAAGUUUCUUUCCUGGAGUCCCAAACGAGGUCUGGAGCGGAAAGGGGGAGGGGGAUCAAAGACACAGGCCCAGGACUUUGUGGGGCCCUGACUGCUGUCUGGAGUUGCCCCCAUUCCAGGCCAUGUCGGGGCCCACCUGGCUUCCCCCGAAGCAGCCAGAGCCCACCAGAGCCCCUCAGGGGAGAGCGCUCCCCCGAGGUGCCCCAGGGCCAGCACCAGCCCACGGAGCAGCCCUCCAGCCUCAUCCCAGAGCCAGUUUUUGCCCCCUCCCAUCUGAGCAGUGUUACCAGCCCCCUGGGGGACCAGAGGAUAGGGGGCCGGCCUGGGUGGGGUCCCAUGGACCACCCCAACGUUCCCAGGGGCUCACUCCUGACCGGGGAUGCCUGCGCCCAGCAAGUCUGGACGCAGAGAUAGAUUCGCUGACCAGCAUGCUGGCUGAGCUGGACGGGGGUCGUGGUCAUGCACCACGGCGACCAGACCGACAGGCUUAUGAGCCCCCUCAGCUACCUGCCUAUUGCCCAGGUUCCCUGAAGCCCAACGGAGGAGGGGGCAUUCCACCCCCACUGCUUCCAGCAUCCCCCUAUGGAGGCCCAACUCCAGCUUCCUAUGCUACAGCCAGCACCCCAGCCGGCCCUGCCUUCCCUGUGCAAGUAAAGGUGGCCCAGCCAGUGAGAGGCUGUGGGCCACCUAGGCGGGGGGCUUCUCAGGCCUCAGGGCCUCUCCCAGGCCCCCACUUUCCUCUCCCAGGCCGAGGUGAAGCCUGGGGGGCUAGCUAUAGGAGCCCCCGUGAGCCAGGACCAGGGAUUAAAGAAGAGACUGCAGGGGUCCCUGGCCCUGGAGGAGGAAGAGGAGGCCGGCAUGGAUCCCAGGUUCCCUUGAGCCAGCCUCCGGAGGAAGAACUAGAGAGACUAACUAAGAAGCUGGUGCACGACAUGAACCACCCACCCAGCGGGGAGUACUUCGGCCGAUGUGGCAGCUGUGGAGAAGAUGUGGUCGGGGAUGGGGCUGGGGUUGUGGCCCUAGACCGUGUCUUCCACGUUGGCUGCUUCGUGUGUUCCACAUGCCAGGCCCAGCUCCGGGGCCAGCACUUCUACGCUGUGGAGAGGAGGGCAUAUUGUGAGAGCUGCUAUGUGGCCACCCUGGAGAAAUGCUCCACCUGCUCCCAACCCAUCCUGGACCGGAUCCUGCGGGCUAUGGGGAAGGCCUAUCACCCUAGCUGCUUCACCUGUGUGGUGUGCCACCGCGGCCUGGAUGGCAUCCCCUUCACUGUGGAUGCCACCAGCCAGAUCCACUGCAUUGAGGACUUCCACAGGAAGUUUGCCCCACGAUGCUCUGUAUGUGGUGGGGCCAUCAUGCCUGAGCCAGGUCAGGAGGAGACUGUGAGAAUUGUUGCUCUGGAUCGCAGUUUUCAUAUUGGCUGUUACAAGUGUGAGGAAUGUGGGCUGCUGCUGUCCUCGGAGGGGGAAUGUCAGGGCUGCUACCCACUGGAUGGACAUAUCUUGUGCAAGGCCUGCAGUGCCUGGCGCAUCCAGGAGCUCUCAGCCACUGUCACCACUGACUGCUGAGUCUUCUUAAAGACACACCUGCUGUGAUCUCAGUCCGCAUGCAUCACCUUCUCUGACAUCUGCCACAACUUUGUACAACUUUGUCAUCAAAUGCUGUUUUUUCUGUCUCCAAUCAUGAAAUAAUAAUCCCUCCAAGAGUCUACAAAAAAUACUUUCAAGUCUGUUGUCUCACCCAGCCUCACAGCAGUCCAAGACAAGCAUGACUGCUGUCCCUGAUUAUUUUACACAAAGGAAUGCCAGAGCUGAGAUGUGAUUUCCCAAAUUGCAUGGUUGUCAAAUGUUGGAAAGAUCGGAACCCAA